AUGCAGCGCCACCGCAACCGGCGCAUUUUCGUUCGCCUAAGCCUCGCCUCCUUGCUGACAGGAGGCAUUUUCGGCUUCUCUGGGCCUGACUUCGCUGAGAGCCGGCCUGCGGUGGCCCGACGAAUGAUUGCUGGGAUGUUCCUCUGCUUGACAAGCGCACCAGCACAGGCAGAAGAGAAGCCCAUCUUCCGAACGACCAAAGAGUCGCCGGAGAUUCCGCAGGUACUGGCCGUGAUGUUGCUGCGCAGCACCUAUGACGCUGUAGAGGACUGGGGCGCUUAUAGCACCAUGGCCGACUACCAGCGGAACUUCGCCCUGCAGCUGCGCGACGGUUUUCAAAGUUUUCGAGGACGCUACGAGAACUACGACCUCUCAGACCUAUACAACACCUCCAAGCUUUUGGCAAGUCGCUCGGGAGGUGUGACGAAUCGCUUCUAUUUCAGUUUUCUCAACGACGCCCAGUGGCGUGUCAUCGGUCGGACAAUUCGCAG